AUUAUUUCUCCUCCAAGCCUCCUUCCCUCCCAUCUUGCACUGUUCCAUUUUCUUCUUCCUUUAUUUUAGUUUCUCAGUUUUAAUAAGGGUAAAAAAAAAGAAGAAGACAGCUUUUAAUUUGGACAUGGGUAUUUGUUUGGGGAAACCAGCAAAGCUUGCCCAUGUUUCUUCUACCCAAUUCUUUUCUGGUGAUGAGAAAAACGGAUCAACACCAUUCCCAGCACCGAGUGGUAACCACAAGCACCUAAAACCUUUUGCCUUCAAUGAUCUGAGAACCGCCACUAGGAAUUUCCGGUCGGACAGUCUUCUGGGAGAGGGCGGUUUCGGGUACGUCUUCAAAGGAUGGAUUGAUGAGCACACAUUCGCUCCCUGUCGGCCCGGAACCGGCUUGGUUGUGGCUGUAAAGAAACUCAAGCUAGAAAGCCCCCAGGGUCAUAGAGAAUGGGUUUCAGAGGUUAACUACUUGAGCCAGCUUCACCAUAAAAAUCUUGUGAGGUUGAUCGGAUAUUGCUCGGAAUGCGAAAACAGACUUCUGGUUUACGAGUUCAUGCCGAAAGGAAGCUUGGAAAACCACCUGUUUCGGAAAGGAGGACAACUUAUCUCAUGGUCUACUAGGAUGCGCAUCGCGGUCGAUGUGGCACGGGGUCUAGCGUUCUUGCAUGGCCUCGAUGCCAAUGUGAUCUACCGUGACCUUAAGGCCUCCAAUAUUCUCCUUGAUUCGGAUUUCAAUGCAAAGCUUUCCGAUUUUGGCCUUGCGAGAGACGGUCCUAGUGGAGACAAAACUCACGUCUCCACUAGGGUAGUUGGAACUCGAGGUUAUGCUGCACCCGAAUACGUUGCAACAGGUCACCUGACGCCAAAGAGCGAUGUGUACAGCUUCGGGGUGGUUCUGCUAGAGCUGCUAUCGGGAAGGCGAGCGUCGGGCGAUGAGAGUCUAGGGGGCGGAGAAGAAACAUUGUUGGUGGAUUGGGCAAGACCGUCGCUGUGCGAGAGCAGGAGAGUUGUGAGAAUAAUGGACACGAGGUUGGGCGGUCAGUAUUCGAAGAAAGGUGCUCAAGCUGUCGCCGCGCUUUCCUUUUCGUGCCUCCAUAGCGACCCGAGAGCGAGGCCUUCCAUCAAAGAGGUUCUCGAUGCACUGGAACAACUCCCCCAACCUCCAACCAGGCCAACACCACCGCACUCUAAGCCAAGAAGAGUCAUUAAGUAGAGCUGGACAUAUUGAUGGUUAGAAGUAAAUGGCAUGUAAAAAU